GGGUAUUCGCCAAAUACCGCUCGUUCAACGUUCGCGUAUGUUUUGACGUAGGAUCACGUCCAUUGAGUAGCGAGGCCCGUUGUUAUCUGGCGUAAGUAUUGACGCUGAAUUCCACAGAGGUGCGUUCAUCGUGCGGCUAGCGUCGUGGGUUUUGCAGUUGUGCGACGGCAGCCAAGUACUGCACGAACGCGGAUCAAAGAAAGCACGGGAGUGAGAAGAAAGAAAUGCUGUAGUAGUCGACGGAAAGGUUUUGAGGGUGCUUUCAGCGUUAAGAAGCCACCUUUGGAGUGAAGGUAGCGAGUGAGGUACCAUGGCAGCUACCUUUCCCUACAGAGGUGUCCCCCCGGGGAUGCCAUCAGUUGUUCCUCCAGGUGUUCCCCCAGGUGUUCCUCCUCCUGCGCCUAUGCCAGACUAUAUGUCUGAGGAAAAACUGCAAGAAAAAGCAAGAAAAUGGCAGCAGCUGCAGGCUAAGCGCUAUUCGGAGAAGAGAAAGUUUGGGUUUGUGGAUGCUCAAAAGGAAGACAUGCCCCCUGAGCAUGUCCGCAAGAUUAUAAGGGACCAUGGUGACAUGACCAACAGGAAGUUUCGUCACGAUAAGAGAGUCUAUUUGGGUGCCCUCAAGUACAUGCCCCAUGCAGUGCUGAAGCUGCUGGAAAACAUGCCAAUGCCCUGGGAACAGAUUCGAGACGUUCCUGUGCUCUAUCACAUCACCGGAGCCAUUUCGUUUGUGAAUGAAAUCCCCUGGGUAAUCGAGCCAGUCUACAUUGCGCAGUGGGGUACCAUGUGGAUCAUGAUGCGUCGUGAGAAGCGUGAUCGACGGCACUUCAAAAGGAUGCGUUUCCCUCCAUUUGAUGAUGAGGAGCCGCCACUUGACUACGCUGACAACAUCCUUGAUGUGGAACCCCUAGAGGCCAUCCAAAUGGAGCUUGACCCAGAGGAAGAUUCUUCAUGCGCGGAGUGGCUCUAUGAACACCAGCCCCUCAAAGACACUACCAAGUUUGUGAAUGGAACCACUUACAGACGCUGGCAGUUCACGCUGCCCAUGAUGUCAACACUGUACCGUCUGGCAAAUCAGCUUCUGACAGACCUGGUCGACAUGAACUACUUCUAUCUGUUUGACCUGAAAGCCUUCUUCACUUCCAAGGCCUUGAAUAUGGCUAUCCCAGGAGGACCCAAGUUUGAGCCACUUGUCAGAGACAUCAACCUGCAGGAUGAAGACUGGAAUGAGUUCAAUGACAUCAACAAAAUCAUCAUUCGACAGCCCAUCAGGACAGAAUACAAAAUUGCCUUCCCCUACUUGUACAACAACUUGCCGCACCACGUGCACCUGACCUGGUAUCACACACCAAACGUGGUGUUCAUCAAGACAGAGGAUCCUGAUCUACCAGCGUUCUACUUUGACCCACUGAUCAACCCCAUCUCUCACAGACAUUCUGUCAAGGUCUGUAUAUCGGAUGACCAGCUUCCUAAGUUGAGCAGCGAGAGUCAAGAGCCUCUGCCUGAUGAUGAUGAGGAGUUUGAGCUUCCUGAGUAUGUGGAGCCCUUCCUCAAAGAGACUCCCCUCUACACUGACAACACAGCCAAUGGCAUCGCUCUGCUCUGGGCUCCGAGACCUUUCAACCUCCGCUCCGGACGGACAAGGCGAGCCAUUGAUAUCCCCCUGAUCAAGAACUGGUACAGAGAGCAUUGCCCAGCAGGACAGCCUGUUAAAGUGCGCGUCUCGUAUCAGAAACUACUGAAGUACUACGUGCUCAAUGCCCUCAAACAUAGACCACCAAAAGCCCAGAAGAAGAGAUACCUGUUUCGCUCCUUUAAAGCCACAAAGUUCUUUCAGUCCACCAAGCUGGACUGGGUGGAGGUCGGUCUGCAGGUGUGCAGACAGGGUUACAACAUGCUGAAUCUUCUCAUCCACCGUAAGAACCUCAACUACCUGCAUCUGGACUACAACUUCAACUUGAAGCCUGUCAAAACACUGACCACAAAGGAGCGAAAGAAGUCCAGAUUUGGAAACGCCUUCCAUCUCUGCAGAGAGGUGCUGCGUCUCAGCAAGCUGGUGGUGGACAGCCACGUACAGUACAGACUGGGAAAUGUUGAUGCCUUCCAGUUGUCUGAUGGGCUGCAGUACAUCUUUGCUCACGUGGGACAACUGACAGGCAUGUACCGCUACAAGUACAAGCUCAUGAGACAGAUCCGGAUGUGCAAAGACUUGAAGCAUCUCAUCUACUACAGGUUCAACACUGGUCCUGUGGGAAAGGGUCCAGGAUGUGGAUUCUGGGCUCCUGGCUGGAGAGUGUGGCUGUUCUUCAUGAGGGGGAUCACACCAUUGUUGGAGAGGUGGUUGGGGAACCUGUUGGCCAGACAGUUUGAAGGGCGUCACUCUAAGGGUGUUGCAAAGACUGUGACCAAACAGCGUGUGGAGUCUCACUUUGACCUGGAGCUGCGUGCUGCAGUGAUGCACGACAUCCUGGAUAUGAUGCCUGAGGGAAUCAAACAGAACAAAGCCAGAACCAUCCUGCAGCAUCUCAGUGAGUCCUGGAGGUGCUGGAAAGCAAACAUCCCCUGGAAGGUGCCAGGCCUCCCUACACCCAUUGAGAACAUGAUCCUGCGUUAUGUGAAGGCCAAAGCUGACUGGUGGACCAACACCGCUCACUACAACCGUGAGCGAAUCCGACGUGGAGCCACUGUGGAUAAAACGGUGUGCAAAAAGAACCUGGGCAGACUGACCCGUCUGUACCUUAAAGCUGAGCAGGAGAGACAGCACAACUACCUGAAGGACGGCCCCUACAUCACGGCAGAGGAGGCUGUGGCCAUUUACACCACCACCGUGCACUGGCUGGAGAGUCGGCGCUUCUCGCCCAUCCCUUUCCCCCCACUGUCCUACAAACAUGACACCAAGCUACUCAUCCUGGCACUGGAGAGGCUCAAAGAGGCAUACAGUGUGAAGUCGCGUCUGAACCAGAGCCAGAGGGAGGAGCUGGGCCUGAUAGAACAGGCCUACGACAACCCCCACGAGGCCCUUUCCAGGAUCAAGCGUCACCUGCUCACACAGAGAGCAUUCAAAGAGGUUGGCAUUGAGUUCAUGGACUUGUACAGCCACUUGGUGCCGGUGUAUGAUGUGGAACCCCUGGAGAAAAUCACUGAUGCCUACCUGGACCAGUACCUGUGGUACGAAGCAGACAAGAGACGCCUGUUCCCACCCUGGAUCAAACCGGCCGAUACGGAACCCCCACCACUGUUGGUCUACAAGUGGUGCCAGGGCAUCAACAACCUUCAGGAUGUGUGGGAAACCACAGAGGGAGAAUGCAACGUGAUGCUGGAGUCCCGCUACGAGAAAAUGUACGAAAAGAUCGAUCUGACUUUGCUCAACAGACUGCUUCGUCUCAUCGUGGACCACAACAUUGCUGACUACAUGACAGCCAAGAACAACGUGGUCAUAAACUACAAGGACAUGAACCACACCAACUCUUACGGCAUCAUCAGGGGGCUCCAGUUUGCCUCCUUCAUUGUCCAGUAUUACGGCCUGGUGAUGGACCUGCUGGUGCUCGGCCUGCAUCGCGCCAGCGAGAUGGCCGGCCCACCUCAGAUGCCCAACGACUUCUUGAGUUUUCAAGACACCGCCACAGAGAGCGCCCACCCAAUCAGACUGUACUGUCGCUACAUCGACCGCAUUCACAUCUUCUUCAGGUUUUCUGCUGAUGAGGCCAGGGAUCUGAUUCAGAGGUACCUGACAGAGCAUCCAGACCCUAACAAUGAGAACAUAGUGGGUUACAACAACAAGAAAUGCUGGCCUCGUGAUGCUCGCAUGAGACUGAUGAAGCACGACGUCAACCUUGGUCGUGCUGUAUUUUGGGACAUCAAGAACCGCCUGCCCAGGUCUGUGACCACAGUCCAGUGGGAGAACAGCUUUGUGUCGGUGUACAGCAAAGACAAUCCCAACUUGCUCUUUAACAUGUGUGGCUUUGAGUGCCGCAUCCUCCCCAAGUGUCGUACAAGCUAUGAGGAGUUUACUCACAAGGAUGGAGUCUGGAACCUGCAGAAUGAGGUGACCAAAGAAAGGACUGCUCAGUGUUUCCUGCGUGUGGACGAUGAAUCAAUGCAGCGUUUCCACAACAGAGUGCGUCAGAUCCUGAUGGCUUCUGGAUCUACCACUUUCACAAAGAUUGUGAACAAAUGGAACACGGCCCUGAUUGGGCUGAUGACCUACUUCCGUGAGGCUGUGGUCAACACUCAGGAGCUCCUGGAUUUGCUGGUCAAAUGUGAGAACAAGAUCCAGACGCGUAUCAAGAUCGGCCUCAACUCCAAAAUGCCCAGCCGUUUUCCUCCCGUUGUCUUCUACACUCCCAAAGAGCUGGGCGGCCUUGGCAUGUUGUCCAUGGGACAUGUCCUUAUCCCUCAGUCAGACCUCCGGUGGUCCAAGCAGACAGAUGUGGGCAUCACACACUUCAGGUCUGGAAUGAGUCAUGAGGAAGACCAGCUCAUUCCUAAUCUGUACCGAUAUAUUCAGCCAUGGGAGAGUGAGUUCAUCGACUCUCAGAGAGUGUGGGCUGAGUACGCCCUCAAGAGACAGGAGGCUAUUGCCCAGAACAGGCGUCUUACCUUGGAAGAUUUGGAGGACUCGUGGGAUAGAGGAAUCCCCCGGAUCAACACGCUUUUCCAGAAGGACAGACACACACUGGCCUAUGACAAAGGAUGGAGAGUCAGGACAGAUUUCAAACAGUAUCAGGUGCUGAAGCAGAAUCCAUUCUGGUGGACCCACCAGAGACAUGACGGGAAGCUGUGGAACCUGAACAACUACCGCACAGACAUGAUCCAGGCUCUGGGGGGUGUGGAGGGUAUCCUGGAGCACACCCUCUUCAAAGGCACUUACUUCCCCACAUGGGAAGGUCUCUUCUGGGAAAAGGCCAGUGGCUUUGAAGAGUCCAUGAAAUGGAAGAAGCUGACCAAUGCCCAGAGGUCUGGUCUCAACCAAAUCCCCAACCGUCGCUUCACACUUUGGUGGUCGCCCACCAUCAACAGAGCCAACGUCUACGUGGGUUUCCAAGUACAGCUUGACCUGACGGGAAUCUUCAUGCACGGCAAGAUCCCCACGCUGAAGAUCUCCCUCAUUCAGAUCUUCAGGGCUCACUUGUGGCAGAAGAUUCACGAGAGCAUUGUGAUGGAUCUCUGUCAGGUGUUUGACCAGGAACUGGAUGCGUUGGAGAUCGAGACGGUGCAGAAGGAGACCAUCCAUCCCAGGAAGUCGUACAAGAUGAACUCAUCCUGCGCAGACAUCCUCCUCUUUGCUUCCUACAAGUGGAACGUUUCCCGACCAUCUCUGCUUGCUGACUCAAAGGACGUGAUGGACAGCACCACCACACAGAAGUACUGGAUUGACAUUCAGCUCCGCUGGGGCGACUACGACUCCCACGACAUCGAGCGCUACGCCAGGGCCAAGUUCCUGGACUACACCACAGACAACAUGAGUAUCUACCCCUCCCCCACCGGAGUGCUCAUUGCCAUUGACCUGGCUUACAACCUCCACAGUGCUUAUGGAAACUGGUUCCCUGGAAGCAAACCUCUGAUCCAGCAGGCCAUGGCCAAGAUCAUGAAGGCCAACCCUGCUCUAUAUGUGCUCAGAGAGCGCAUCCGCAAAGGUCUGCAGCUCUACUCCUCUGAGCCCACCGAGCCCUACCUGUCCUCGCAAAACUACGGGGAGCUCUUCUCCAACCAGAUCAUCUGGUUUGUGGACGACACGAAUGUGUACAGAGUCACAAUCCACAAGACAUUUGAGGGUAACUUGACCACAAAACCCAUCAAUGGAGCCAUUUUCAUCUUCAACCCCAGAACUGGGCAACUCUUCCUCAAGAUCAUUCACACUUCUGUGUGGGCUGGUCAGAAACGUCUGGGACAGCUGGCCAAAUGGAAAACGGCUGAGGAGGUGGCUGCUCUGAUUCGCUCCCUCCCUGUGGAGGAGCAGCCCAAACAGAUCAUUGUAACCAGGAAAGGCAUGCUGGACCCUCUGGAGGUCCACUUGCUCGACUUCCCCAACAUUGUGAUCAAAGGCUCCGAGCUGCAGCUGCCCUUCCAGGCCUGUCUGAAGGUGGAGAAGUUUGGAGAUCUGAUCCUGAAAGCCACAGAGCCGCAGAUGGUGCUAUUCAACCUUUACGAUGAUUGGCUGAAGACCAUUUCAUCAUACACAGCCUUCUCCCGACUCAUCCUCAUCCUGAGAGCGCUCCACGUCAACAACGACCGUGCCAAAGUGAUCCUGAAACCCGACAAAACGACCAUCACCGAGCCCCAUCACAUCUGGCCCACACUCACCGACGAGGAGUGGAUAAAGGUGGAGGUGCAGCUGAAGGAUCUCAUUUUGGCUGAUUAUGGCAAAAAGAACAAUGUCAAUGUGGCCUCACUGACCCAGUCUGAGAUCCGUGACAUCAUCCUGGGUAUGGAGAUCUCUGCCCCGUCACAGCAGCGUCAGCAAAUCGCCGAGAUCGAGAAGCAGACCAAAGAGCAGUCGCAGCUCACCGCCACGCAGACCCGCACCGUCAACAAGCAUGGCGACGAGAUCAUCACCUCCACCACCUCCAACUACGAGACCCAGACCUUCUCCUCCAAGACUGAGUGGAGAGUCAGGGCCAUUUCUGCUGCCAACCUCCAUCUUCGAACCAACCACAUCUAUGUGUCAUCUGAUGACAUCAAGGAGACGGGUUACACCUACAUCCUGCCCAAAAAUGUCCUCAAGAAGUUCAUCUGCAUCUCUGACUUGCGAGCACAGGCACGUUACCUGUAUGGCACCAGCCCACCAGACAACCCCCAGGUGAAGGAGAUCCGCUGUAUUGUCAUGGUGCCCCAGUGGGGGACACAUCAGACCGUCCACCUGCCCAACCAGCUGCCCGGUCACGAAUACCUCAAAGAAAUGGAGCCCCUUGGCUGGAUUCACACGCAGCCAAAUGAGUCGCCACAGCUGUCCCCGCAGGACGUCACGACCCACGCCAAGAUCAUGGCAGAUAACCCCUCCUGGGAUGGAGAGAAGACCAUCAUCAUCACCUGCAGCUUCACACCAGGCUCCUGCACACUCACCGCUUACAAGCUGACCCCCAGCGGGUACGAGUGGGGUCGCCAGAACACGGACAAGGGCAACAACCCCAAAGGUUACCUGCCCUCCCACUAUGAGCGAGUGCAGAUGCUGCUCUCUGACCGCUUCCUGGGCUUCUUCAUGGUGCCUGGCCAAGUCUCCUGGAAUUACAAUUUCAUGGGUGUGCGCCAUGACCCCAACAUGAAGUACGACCUGCAGCUGGCCAACCCCAAAGAGUUCUAUCAUGAAGUCCACCGGCCGUCGCACUUCCUAAACUUCGCCUCGCUGCAGGAGGGGGAGAUCUACAACGCUGACCGUGAGGACAUGUACGCCUGAGCUGUGGCCAGCCGCGUGGAGCUGGUCCACUGCAGCCCCCCCCCCCUGUAUUUUUCUUUUUGUGAGCACAUGUAACCGCGAUGCUUGGGAAUUUUUAUGAAAAAGCCCGUAGGACCUUUUUAAAAAAAUCUUUAGUUUUUUCCUAAAAAUGUUUUGUUUUUUUGUUUUCUCUUCUGUCUUUCAUUACAGUAAUUUUUAGUAAGUGACUUUUUGUAAAUCUGGGCAUAUGUGUGUAGCUUUCUGUAGACAGAACUUUGGUGUAACAUCUGUCAUUGUUUCAGAAAGCCGAACUCCUCCUUCCUCUUUAACCUUUGAAAAGUAAAACUGUGAGUUGCAUUUUCGUCUCUGUAAAAACCCGUUACUCUGUACAUCCUGCUGACAUGGUAGCCUGGGUUUAAAUAAAGAUCACAGUUUUUUUUAUAAUAAACA